AGAUUUAGAUAGAGCCUACUGAGUGAGAGCGAGGGAAGAGAGCCAGUACAGAGCAGGAGCAGAGGCGGUCGAUGGGAGAAGAAGAGAAGAGGAGAGGCAUUGACUGGAAGCGUACACAUGGGAGAGAAGAAAACGGCUAUUUCAUGUGCUCAGUGUGCAUGACUGAGGAGUGCGGCUGUCUGUCUGGAUUGUUAGUCAUCUGCUGCCCUACAGCUAGAGGACAUACGAAGGAACACAGGCGGGCUGUGGAUAUAGGGCUGUGUGCAGAUGAUGAACAGGCGAUGUGGGCUCUCUGGCUGUGAUCGCUGUCCUCAGACCCCGUAGCUACUUGCACUGGUGCUGUUGCAGGCCGUUAGCCUCACAGUUAGGAAGCAGCGGUCAGAGUGAUUGAUACAGAAUGAGCUCCAAGCACUCCUCCGACUGGAUCCCCUACAGCACUUUAGAUGACGAGAGCACCAACCUCCGACAGCAGAAACUAGACAGACAGCGAGCGCUCCUAGAACAGAAGCAGAAGAAAAAGAGGCAGGAGCCUCUGAUGGUCCAGUCCAAUGUGGACGGGAGAUCUCGCACCCGCCGGACCAAACAGAGCGAGGAACAGGCUCCGCUGGUGGAAUCCUACCUCAGCAGCAACAGCAGCACCAUCUACCACGUGCAAGAAGCUGAACAGGAGGAGGUGAAGGUGAUAGCGGACACGCAGCCACCUCGCUCAGCCAAAAAGGGCAAAGCAUCGGCCAGCUCCACUCCACAGACAGGCAGCGACAAGAAGGAGAGGAAGGGGAAGCACAAAGCAGCGAUCGAUGGCCUGGCAUCCCAGCAGGAUGACAGUCAGAUCCAGAUCCUAACAGUGGGUCACAACACCACAGAGGAGGGCGACGCAGAGCCUGUUAUGAGCUGCACCCAGUCACAGAGUAAACAGGAUCUGCGCGUCACCAUGCUCAAGAAAGGUAUAUCCAGCAGUAUGAAUUUUGAUGAAGAAGAGGACGAUGAAGAUGAAAUUAGCUCCAGUUCCUCACAGCUCAACAGCAACACGAGACCAGGCUCUGCCACAAGCAAGAAGUCAUGCAAGGAGGUAGCAUCCGCACCCACCCCGCCAGUCAAUGAACCUGCAAUUGAUGUAGAUGACCUUGAGGAGUUUUCUCUGCGACCUGCACCCCAGGGGGUCAGAGUGAAGUGCAGAAUCACCAGAGACAAGAAGGGCAUGGACAGAGGCAUGUAUCCCACCUACUACCUUCAUCUGGAGAGAGAGGACGGCAAGAAGGUGUUCCUGUUAGCUGGCAGGAAGAGGAAAAAGAGUAAAACAUCGAAUUACCUCAUCUCCAUUGAUCCCACUGAUCUGUCUCGAGGUGGAGAGAGCUUCAUUGGUAAACUGAGGUCUAACCUCAUGGGAACUAAGUUCACUGUAUACGACAGCGGUUUGAACCCUAUGAAGAGUACCACCAGCCUCGAAGCUAGCAACCUGCGUCAAGAGCUAGCAGCCAUUUGCUAUGAAACCAAUGUCUUAGGAUUCAAAGGACCUCGCAAAAUGAGCGUCAUCAUUCCUGGAAUGAACAUGGACCACGAGAGAGUGUCUAUUCGCCCACGAAACGACCAUGAGUCACUGCUGGCCAGGUGGCAGAACAAGAACACAGAGAGCGUGAUUGAACUUCACAACAAGACGCCUGUGUGGAACGAUGACACACAAUCCUAUGUGCUCAACUUCCACGGCAGAGUCACUCAGGCCUCCGUCAAGAAUUUCCAAAUCAUUCACGACAACGACCCCGACUACAUUGUGAUGCAGUUUGGUCGCGUGGCAGAGGAUGUGUUCACCAUGGACUAUAACUACCCAAUGUGUGCCCUGCAAGCCUUUGCCAUUGCGCUUUCCAGCUUUGACAGCAAGUUGGCCUGUGAAUAGAUCCCAGCCUGAAGUUCAGUGGAGAACUGGUCCAUCUGUCCUCUCAACAAGGGCUGUUAAUGUAUCUCUGGGGCUGGUUUGGGAUCUCCAAAUCACCCAGUACCUUGGAAGUCCUGCAUAUUCCAAAAUGAUUCAUGGGCCUCAAGUUUGUGUGUUUGUAUGUGUGUUGGGGAGGGUGGGACCUCGGUUUGGUCUUGGUCAGUGGAAGAGAACAAGCACAAAGAGUAACCCACUUUCAAAAUCAAAUUCAUCUGUUUUGAUAACUAUAGUCCUUUUGUACUGUACUGGCAUUAUAAAAACAAACACUGUUCCUUUAUGUUGUAGUUAGAGAAAUUUAACAUUUCUUUAUCUGUAAAUUAUAACUAACAAUUACACAUCUGUAAGUUUUAAAAGUUGACUGGAUUUUAUGUAAUCUGCCACACAAAAAACACAAUGUCUCUUCCUCAAGCAUGAAUACUGCUUAUAUAGUUACUGAAUUAAAAACAACAUGCACGUCACAAUAUAUUUAUUUUGUUAUUUAUGUAUUUAUUACAUGUUCAUUUUGUUUUCUGUUAUCAUUUGCAACAAUUUCAGCAGUAUUGGCUCCAAGGAGAUGCAAGCACAUGAAUUAGCAUCACAAGAAGGAAUCAUCUCUUGUAUCCACACAAAACAAUUAGCUACUUUUGGACAUGAACAGGGCAAAGGCCUGUGCUGUGUACCAUAUACAAUAUUGUGUCACAGUGUCAUCAUGUAUGUGAAUGUAUAGGAUGAUGGUGCACUUUACUUUGAAGUCUGUAGUGGAUGAGAUAUAGCUGUACAUAUUGUGCCUUUGAAGACUAAUUCCAGUGUUACGCUUUGGCCAUAAAAUGAGCUGAGCUUGAAUUGGUCUUUGCUAUUCUUGUUGUCUUCACAUGCAUUCAAGAUAUUUCUCUGUAGCUACUUUGAAUUCAGUUGUCUAAUGAAGAGUUAGUUUAGACUGAUUAAAUAGCUGGAGUUUAAAAGCCUCCAAUAGAUAAUAAUAUAAAGUGCACAUCAUUGGACAUAAUUUCAGUGAUUGUCCAGAUAUAUUUAAAUUCCAUCUAGGGCCUACAAUAGAUUACACUAAAGAAGUGAAUUUAUUUUCAUUAUAUUGUAAAUCAGGCAUAAUAUCCAAAGCACUCAGGCUUAAGGUUGUGCUCAUAUCUUCUGAUGUCUCCUAUCUGGGAAAAAAAACUGGACAGAUUGACUUACUGCCAACAAACACACAGUAACAUUGUGAAUCUGCCACAGCUUCAACACUUAGCACAUAUUUCAUCUCCUGCUCUUUACAUCUUUGAUUAAUUUCAUGCUCCACUGAGGUGGAGUUUGGUACAUUCCUCAUCAGACUGGCUGUACGUUUCUAUAUCACGUGGUUUAUUGCUGUUCACAUUUUUACUCAAAAUAUUUUUCCUCUUGCUCCUCAUGGGGCAGUAUCCUUUCUCAAAUAUAUGAUAGUAUUUUGUAUUUUAUGACCUUUAAAAAAUGAUGAAUGACGGCAAAGAACAAUCUCUGAUACCGCUAUUGUUACUGUGGGUUAUGAGGAAAUCUUUAUCAAAUGUGCUAUUCUUGUACUCAAUUGUGUUCUAACUAUUUUAAAUUUCUAUUUUAAAAUUGUUGAUACUCUUGCUGUAAAGUCUGCUUUUCAUACAUGUGUCCAGGAACCAAAGGUUCUUUCACUUUAUGUUUUUAGUGCUCUUGUUGUAAUGUACAGUAAAUGGUGUACAAUUUACUGUGGUGGUCUAGACACAGUCCUUUGAUCAUGGAAAAAAAAUAAAACUUCAGUAAGUCAGAA